CUAUAUCACAUUGUUUAUAUCAACAUUCACUGCUGUAUCAUCAUUCACUGAGACUCUACUUGGUGCCACUACAUCCUGAGAAUACAGUACUUUCUGAGAGACAGAGGUGCUGGAAAACCCCCUAUGUUUGGUGAUUAUGAAGCUCAGAGACACUGGCAAGAAAUUACCUUUAAUUUACCGAUCAAACAGUGGUAUUUUAACAGCAGUGAUAACAAUUUACUGUAUUGGGGAUUGGAUUAUCCACCUCUUACAGCUUAUCAUAGUCUUCUCUGUGCAUAUGUGGCAAAGAUUAUAAAUCCAGACUGGAUUGCUCUCCAUACCUCACGUGGAUAUGAGAGUCAGGCGCACAAGCUCUUCAUGCGUGCAACAGUGUUAAUUGCUGAUUUGCUGAUUUACAUACCUGCAGUGGUUUUGUACUGUUGUUGUUUAAAAGAAAUGUCAACUAAGAAAAAGGUUGCUAAUGCAUUAUGCAUAUUGCUGUAUCCAGGCCUUAUUCUUAUUGACUAUGGACAUUUUCAAUAUAAUUCUGUGAGUCUUGGCUUUGCUCUGUGGGGUGUUCUUGGAGUAUCUUGUCACUGGGACCUGCUAGGGUCACUGGCAUUUUGCUUAGCUAUAAAUUAUAAACAGAUGGAACUUUACCACUCCUUGCCAUUUUUUUGCUUUUUACUUGGCAAAUGUUUGAAAAAAGGCCUCAGAGGAAAAGGGUUUGUGUUGUUAAUUAAGCUGGCAUGCACAGUUGUAGCUUCCUUCCUUCUCUGCUGGCUGCCGUUCUUUACAGAGAAGGAUCAAACCCUGCAAGUUCUGAGAAGGCUCUUCCCAGUUGAUCGUGGAUUAUUUGAGGAUAAAGUAGCCAAUGUUUGGUGUAGCUUAAGUGUCUUUCUGAAGAUCAAAGAUAUUUUGCCACGUCACAUCCAGAUAAUAAUCAGCUUUUGUUUUACAUUUUUGAGCCUGCUUCCUGCAUGUAUAAAAUUAAUACUUCAGCCCUCUCCCAAAGGAUUCAGAUUUACUCUGGUUACCUGUGCACUCUCAUUCUUUUUAUUUUCUUUCCAAGUGCAUGAAAAGUCCAUUCUCUUGGUAUCGUUACCUGUCUGCUUAGUUUUAAGUGAAAUUCCUUUUAUGUCUACUUGGUUUUUACUUGUGUCGACAUUUAGUAUGCUACCUCUUCUAUUGAAGGAUGACCUUUUAAUGCCCACAGUUGUGACAGUGAUGGCAUUUUUUAUAGCUUGUGCAACUUCCUUUUCAAUAUUUGAAAAGACUUCGGAAGAAGAACUACAGUUGAAAUCCUUUUCCAUUUCUGUUAGGAAAUAUCUUCCAUGUUUUACAUUUCUUCCCAGAGUUAUCCAACAUUUGUGUCUUAUGUCAAUAAUCACUAUGGUCCUUCUGACGCUGAUGGCUGUGACACUGGACCCUCCUCAGAAAUUCCCCGACUUGUUUUCUGUGUUGGUGUGUUUUGUAUCCUGCUUGAAAUUCCUGUUCUUCUUGGUAUACUUUAACACUGUAAUCAUGUGGGAUUCCAAAAGUGGAAGACAUCAGAAGAAAAUCGAGUAGCUCUAUCCCCAGACAAAUGUGAAAAUGUUAACAGUGCUAAACGAUUUUGUGAAUUUUUUGCUAUAUGUAAAUAAAAUGAUAAUAUUGAUUAUGGAAUUAUAGGAAAGGAAAUGGUGAAAAGCCAUUGUUCUCUACACAAAUAAAAGUAUUUGGGGACCAAAGCCCAGUGGAGGCUUUUAUUUUCUAACUAUUGAUUGGCCAAGACAUAUUGGAGUUUUGUUAAUACUCAGUUAUUCAAGUGGGAAAAUGAAAAAUGUCCUUCAUCUCAGUAUUUACUUAGGAAAUGUUCUCUAUAAUUUGUUGUCUUGAAAAAAAAAAAAAUACAGUGAGUUUAAAGGGGGAAUUUAGCUCCUUCUUUCUAAAGGAAAUUACUAAUUUUGGCAUUUAAAUGUAGUUUUCUUGCCCUGGCUGGGUAGUACAGUUGGU